AUGAAUCCAGCUUUCGAAUCUAAACAUUCCAUCCGGAACAUACUUGGAGUCGAUGGUGAUAUUGAAGCUCCGCCAACACCACCCGAUUCUGUUGACUCAAGGUCGCCACACAGCUCACCUCCUCCGAUCCAGAGACCAAAUCAUACAUUUAAGGACCUAAUAAAGAUGGCAAUAAGGAAUUGCCCUCAAAAUGCACUCCCACUCUGUGCGAUUGUAGACUGGAUUAGUCUAAACUUUCCAUAUUACCGGAAAGAAGAUUCUGGCUGGCAGUGUCAGGUGCGACACACUCUAAGCACACUUAAGUGCUUUAAGAAGUUGGUUCGUCCAAUAGGUCAACCGGGGCGUGGAAAUUUUUGGGCUGUGGUGCCUGAUGAUCACCAACCAGUAGUUCCCAUUGCCGUGCCACACGCAGACUUGUACACCGAAGUUUUGAGGAACGGUAUUGCCUGUAAUCAUCCUCAGGCUGAGAACGCUGUGUAUUUUCCCACACCGGAGGAGGCUAGAGCAUACGUAGCAGCAGUGGCGCAGCAGCAGCACGGAUGGUUUCUCCACCAACAGGAACCAUAG